AUUCGAGCGACUAUGUAGGAAUUGCCGGGUCGCAUUAACAUUCGUUAUAGCUAUACUACGAUUAUCUGAACACUAGUUUAUCUGUGCUGGUGUAUUUGUUGUAUUAUUUGCUCUGUUUUUGCUAAGAGUGAAACGUGAAAAUCGUAGUUCGACGUAGUUACACUUGUGUAAGGUUCAAGGAGUUUAAAUUCGUUUUUUUAUAAAAAAGAUAAAAUCGAUGGAUUGCUGUGUGUUCUUGUCUAUGUUUAACUUAUACAUUUAAGUAUAUCUGAGUUUGUUUUAUAGGAUUUAAAGCGAUAUAUUCGUCAACAGUGCAAAUGUGUUCUAUAGUUGUAACUUGACACUGUUUUAAUUCGGCUCGGCUUGUAUUAGUUUAAAAAUAUAACCAUCAAUCGUAUCAAAAAGAUCAAACACAUAAUUGGAUUAUAACUGCAUGCCUUCACAUCAAUAUUGAAUACUUGGUGUUCUUCAAAUCGAGAAUGAUAUGAAAAUGACCUCCAUGAUGUCACGACAACAAAUCAGUGAACCCCCUCCUCCUUUGCCGAAUCGAGGUACCGGCCACGCUCCCUCUCCUAUACGAAAUGGCAUUGCAAGUAGUCCCUCAAUUGCGAGGCCGACCGAACGAAGGCGGACUCAUUCUGAAGCCCCACCACCGCCACCGGUCAAUACUAUGCACAAAUCGUCAAGUACCGGUUCGCACAAAAUGACUACCGCUGCAGAUGCUCCGCCACCCUUACCUGUCCGUGGGGACAGGAAACCUAUUGCAGACCUUGAUCCGUCUAGAGCGCAUCCCCGGAAGUCGCUCGCGAAGGCCAAUGACAUCCACCGGGCAAAGACUAUGCCCAGGAUGCGGCACUCAGUUGACCACGGGGUGUCACCAGGAUUCCCACCGGCACUACCGUCUCGGGGUAGUCAAGGAAAGGUUGUUUCAAUCAACACACCAAAUAAUGAGACAGACGAUUCACCUCCGCCACCUCCACCCGUGGCCCGAAUGCCAUCGAGACAUCAUCAUGAGCCGGCGGACCCGUUACCGCCCCCACCACCCUUGUCAAAGAUUCCUACCAACCACCAUGAGCAUAGCUCGCCUGCGUCGUAUCAGACUCCACCGCGACCCCCGAAAGUCGCCGCUCAGGCCUCAGUAGACAGUCACGAUCUAGAGAACCGCUUCACGUUCCACAGUCCUCAGGACUUCCCAACCCCCGAGCCAAUGGACAACAAGGUCAAGAAAUACCCGUCCUCAACAAAACAAAACAAUAAGGUUUCCAAGUCUCGACCAGGUCAACUGUGAAGCUGUGACGAAUAUCUGCGUUUUUCAUCCAUAAAAUGUUGACGAAAACAUGGAUUAACCAUUUGAAUACUAGAUGUACCGAAUAUCUCGCCAGUUCCGAUUGAUAUUCAUGUGAUUAAAACAAUGUGUCGGCGUGCUGGACGUGGUAUCGUAGAGCAGGACGAAAUGUGUAGUGUGGUAUCACACUGUAUAAGAAUAACAUGGAAUCAGUUUAAACAGAGACAUGCAAUACUCGACUGCAACUUGUAUCGAUGGAUCGAAUGCAUUGAACGACCGAUUUUCAAAGUGCUGACAUCUCGUGGUGUAGUGAAAUUCUCUUAUUGUGAUAGAAAUUACGGACGCGGAAACAUAAAACUAAAUGUGUGUGAAGAAUUUGACGUAUUAAGCGCUCUUGAGCAAUCUCUUCAAAUACAAUUAAGCCUUGUUCAGAGAAAACUGGGGCAUAAUGCAUGUGCGUAAAGUGUCGUCCUAGAUUAGCCUGUGCAGUCCGCACAGGCUAAACAGGGACGACACUUUCCGCUUUUAUGGUAUUUUUUGUUUCAAGGAAGUCCCUCCUUACCAAAAAUCAAGUUUAGGCGGAAAGUGUCCUUGAUAAGCCUGUGCGGACUGCACAGGCUAAUCUGGGACGACACUUUACGCACAUGCAUUAAGCCCAGUUUUCUCAGAAAGCGAUACAAUUGGUGAACUGAAGAGACUGAAAACACGCUGCCAAAAAAGACAAGCUGAUGGCAACGCAUUCCAAACUUUACUUUAUAAACACGUCAAGAUUUUUUAACAUGCCUACGUAACUGUAGUGAAAGUAACAUGUUUUCUUUUCAAAGACAGAAGACUCUGACCUAAACGAAAAAUGUGUAAGUUCUACAGAUGGACGUUUUUCUGCAUUACAAUUAUAUUAUGUAUGGUAGAUAACUUGUCAUUUAGACCACAGUUAUACUUCAUACUAGAACACUUACACUUUUAUUGAUGUAUAUGUAAUGGGAAGAUAAGAUCACUGUUUCAACUGUUAACCAUUUAUGCCUAGCGUCUAGAAAUAAGGCCUUGGCAAACAGCGUAGACCCAGAUGAUGCGGCGACUCUUCAGGGUCUGCGCUGUUUGCUUAAAGGAAUUUCUGUAAGAAAUAUUCUAAAUAUAAAAAUAAAUAUACAAGACAUCCCUAAUUAUUCGAAUUAAAUUGAUCCAAUUUAGAAGGAUGGGAGAGACCACUAGGCAUAAAUGGGUUAACGCUGGCAUGGAGGAUAAAGACACGGAAGGGAACAAACGAUUAGUGUGGAAAUGGUCUGUUUUAAUAAAGGGUACUCUAGAUGGUGCCUUACUGACGUUAGUGUAUGUGUGUUUUAUUAAAUGUUACUGUAGAUGGUGCCUUACUCACAUUCGUGUAUGUAGCAGCUAAGUGUCAAACAUGGGCAACGAAAUGCCAUCACGUGAGAUGUUUUGUUGAUCAAAAUUGAUAUUUUGUGUCUGUUUAAGUGACUUUCAAAUAAUGAAGCUAUUUUGUUA